AUGCCCUUCCUCGAUUGGAUCUUUCCUGUGGGUUUUACUCCUUCCGCUUCUUGUUCAAACCGCCAAUUCGGCCGACGUGCCCUGCCUCUUUCUGUCCGUCUCCGUCCCGUUUCCUCUGAUUAUCUCUCGCCUUCUUACCCCUUAUCGGCCGAACGAUCACCAUGACGACGGACUGCAAAUGCAUCUCAGAAGCCGCUAUACAACAACCGCGUGCCCGCAACCUCAAUCUCAAGUAAAAUCGCUUCGUUUCCAGAUCGAAAUGCUCGUCGUCGGGCUGAGCGGCGGAGUGGCCACCGGGAAGAGCACUGUGUCGAGUGUGUUCCGUUCCCACGGAGUGCCCAUAAUCGACGCGGAUCUCGUCGCGAGACAGGUCGUCAUCCCGGGCACUUCCACGUACAAGAAGCUGCGCAGAGAGUUCGGAGACGAGUAUUUCGACGAUGAACACGGCGGAGUGCUCCGCAGAGACAAGCUCGGAAAGCUGAUAUUCAACAAUCCGGAGAAGCGGAAGACGCUCAAUCGAAUCACCCAUCCGGCCAUCCAAUGGGAGAUGUUCAAGCAGUUCCUGAGCCUUCUCAUCACCGGAACCAGGUGAUUUUCAAUAUCUUUGUUAUUUCUUUUCAUUUCAAACUUGCUCAGAUACAUCGUUUUCGACACCCCUCUUCUGUUCGAGAGUGGCUAUGAUAAAUGGAUCGGCACGACGAUCGUGGUGUGGUGCGAAUUCGAGAAGGAAGUGGAACGGAUGACGAAAAGGGACAAUGUCUCGAGAACGGACGCGGAGGCGCGCAUUCACGCGCAGAUGGACAUAGGUGAGAGAGAGAGAGAGAGAGAGAGAGAGAGAGAGAGAGAGAGAGAGAUGCAGACGGAAACUGAAAGCGAUGAUAUUUGCAGAAGAGAAGAAGAAGCGGGCUCGGAUCGUCAUCGACAACAACGGAAAUAUCGACGAGUUGCGGGAGAAGGUAAAGGAAAUCAUUGUGCAGCUGGACAAGUCGUGGAAGCCCUUCAUCUUCCGUCUCGUGUUCGGAAUCAUUCUCGGCGUCGUUCCCUACUACUUCUUCAAAUAUACUCGGUCCUGA